AAGAAAAAGUGAGUCACUUUGUGUUCGCGUCCACUGAAGGUCCAAAACUGACAUAUACGAAGAAUAUGACUACUUCUGCAAUGUCAUUAUAACUUCUGAGAUGUCAUUAUAUUAACAUAAAAAAAUUCGGAAGAUUCACGACAUGACCAAAAAGAUGGCUCAUCAACAAGGAUUGUUGUUGGAAGUAGGUACGCCCUACUUGUAAUGUUCCUACUUCUUUCUGAGAGGUAUGAUUUUGAGGGAAAUGAAAACUCGAGUAGAACAGCAAGUGCUUUUUACAGCUUCUUUACGGACGAAUAUUGGUAGCUUGUGUUUAGAGGACAACAAAUGACAAGGAAUGAAACAUCUGUGUUUUUUAUCUUCAACAACAUGGAAUGAAAAAACUGAGGCCAGUGAAACUACAUGCCUACACUGAUCGAAAUCGCCAUGGAGCAGGUGGAACCACAUCUGGCGAUUUCCUUGGAGGUAUCAGGAUGUCCGGGGAGAACUCCUCUUGCGCGUGACCUCUGCAAGAACUGCCUGGACGUCGAUGCAGCUGAAGAGAAGUUGUAGAGCUUCUCCUGGCAGUAACGCGUUGUAGGUACUAGCGGUUUCGGCCCCGUCUGAUUCAGAGGGCUCCGUGGUCCCAAGUGGAAGGACGCUUCAAAUCCGAACACGAAGUUUUCUUCUCAGUAAAGGACGCUUCAAAUCCGAACAGGAAGUUUUCUUCUAAGUAAAGGAGGCUGUACCGAGCAGGAAGUUUUCUUCUAAGUAAAAGACUAUAUCAGACAACAGUUUUAACAUCAGGGAAAUCCGUAAAACUCAGAAGAGAUUCAGGGAAGUCGUAGGACAACUCCGAACCGACUAACAUCAUCAAAAGACUACAUCAGAAGAGAAGAACUACUCCAACAAGAUGUCGAAGAAGCUUCAUCAUUUACACCACUUGCCUGGCAUAGAGACCCGGGGUCUCAGCCGCGCGCUCACUGCUGUGAUUAAGGGUGGUUUAUUACUAUCCCACGUGGUCGUGGAGCAAGAAUAUUUGCUGGGUUUCCGCUCAAGGGGAAACCAAGAAGGGUGGAGAAAACGCCAACUCACUCACCCACGGAAGAUAGUGAGAAACUAGCUUUAAUGUGAGCAAGAGGUUAGUAGAUGAUACAGCUUUCAACACCUUCACCAUGAUUUUGACGGUCUACGCGCUUUUCGGCGAUGACCUACGGCUGGCAACUACGUCAGGUACUAUCUUCUUCAUCUUGUUGUUGUAUCAAUCUUAAAGAUUAUUCGUUCUUUGGUACUUGUUCGUCCCCUUGAUGGUAGGAUAUUUGAUGAGAUGUUUUAGGUUGUUCGAGGACUUCGACGUUUGUGUCUUCUUCCAUACAGAACCUGCUGAUCCGAUCUUUGACUGGAUCACGGGUAUAGCUUUGGUGAUCUUCGCUCUCGAGUGUGCAGCCUGUUCCCUGGCUAAAGAGGACUACUUCUUAAGGCAUAUGAUCUUCAGGAGACUUGUUGAAGUCAAGUCUGAAAUUCUUGAAAAUGACGCCAAUCCUCGAAAAAAUGGUUUUUUAUCGCUCAGCAAAUCAAUUUAAAUUCAGAGUUUCCACUCCAAAGCCUCUUCGACUGUCACUAUUUUCCACAAUCUGUCUCAGUAUGCCACUAUCUAUGACUAAAAGCUACAAGCAAGAGCAAGAGGAAUGGGUUGAACCUGGCCUUAUUAAAGCUCUCCCAUCGAGCCUCCUCCUCUAAUACCUAUGUCCUUCUCGUUUUCUGUGGAUUUGCUCGCGACUGUCAGUCUGAUCUUCGAUAUCACUACGGUGGCCAAGAAGAUUAGCGGAACUGGCCAGCUAAAAGCGGGAACACAAGCUGCUAGAGUUUUGAGGGUCUUGCGGAUGAUUCGGUUAUGGAUAAUACUAGAGCUCAUCUGAUGAUAAUAAGAAUCAACAAUCGCGGCAAAGAACACCUAUGAUUUCUUCACGCCUUCUCGUCCGCACCAGCUCGCCUCUUUCUAAUCUUGUUGAUCCGUAUAGUGAAGCUGUACAAGCAGUACCAGGAUCAGCAACAGCGGAAGAAAGUGCGCGCCGCACUCGAAAGGAAGCGUAAAAAGGAGGCGGAAGAAGGCUACUCAAAACGCGUGGCACCUGGAGAGGAAGAAGACCUCAUAGAUUUUGAAGAUGACAGUUUUGCUGUCCUUGCGCAAGUUAUGGCCAUCUUCAUGAGUUUGAGUGCAGCAAGUUCUGUACAACCUAGUACAGGAGCGCUGCAGUGUUGAGUAUGGGUCCUCUAGCUCUACCGGCGCAUGGUAUCAUCAGAAGAUGGCUGUCUAAAGGAGACUACUGCACAUGUCGCCUAGGAAUAGGAGGGCCGUCCCUGCCCUCUCCACUACCAACUAGUGCUCAAAUAAUAUAACUGGGGAACCUUCUACUACCAUCUAGUGGUCAAAUAAUAUAAAAGAACUUUCUCACCUUUGUAAUUAUUUUCAUACCUUCUAGAAGAAGUGAAGACUCGUCACUCAGCUAUCUAGUGCUUGUCCUGUUCUACUUUCUCCACGAACAACUGCACUACUUCAUACCUCAAGACGGCAUGCCUGCGCAGGAGUCGCGAGUGGGGAAGAAAUUGGGCGACAUGACGAAGAACAAGGUUGUCUUAAGGCUUCCCAUGCUUCCCGUCCUCGUCAUCCAGCCGCAUCCUGGAGACGUUCAUCUUCAAGGGGAUGAAAAGGGGCCGUCCAGGUCCAGGAUGUACUAUCUUGAGAUGCCGUGGUCAUGCGAGCUAUUCAUGAUGUGGCUCUCUUCGGUGUUCAGGACCAGGAGGUUUGAGUUGUCUCCUGCUUUUUUAGGAUCUAAUUGUCAUUCUCGUCUUGUGCAUGCUCUCUAA